GCGCCGCCGCGCUGCAUGCCGGGACGGCGGCGGGACCAUGGCGAGCGACUUCUACCUGCGCUACUACGUGGGGCAUAAGGGCAAGUUCGGCCACGAGUUCCUCGAGUUCGAGUUCCGACCCGACGGGAAGCUGCGUUACGCCAACAACAGCAACUACAAGAACGACGUCAUGAUCCGCAAGGAGGCUUACGUGCAUAAGAGCGUGAUGGAGGAGCUGAAGAGAAUCAUCGACGACAGUGAAAUCACAAAAGAAGAUGAUGCUCUGUGGCCUCCUCCAGACAGAGUUGGUCGGCAGGAGCUUGAAAUAGUCAUUGGUGAUGAGCACAUCUCCUUCACCACGUCAAAAAUCGGUUCCCUCAUCGAUGUAAAUCAAUCCAAGGAUCCAGAGGGCUUGAGAGUGUUCUACUACCUGGUCCAGGAUCUUAAAUGUUUAGUCUUCAGUCUUAUUGGACUACACUUCAAGAUUAAGCCAAUUUAAAGAAAACAAACUGGAGUUUGUAUUACAGUAUCUGGGGGAGGGGGGUGGGCAGGGAGGAAUGCUGUUUCUACCUGUUAUUUCUGGCGUAAAGCUUUUAUGUAUGUUAAAAUGUUCAUUUUUUUUUAGUAAACUGUCAGUGACUGUCAAUAAAAUGGUGCUGCCAGUGACUGUCAACAAAA